AGCAUGAAAAUUUUCUUCCGUUCGUUUUUCAUUCCUUUGCCUUGUCCCAAUCUCUUCUUUCAUGGUGAGCAUCCUUUAUCCCCCACUCCACCCACCGGAUGAAAAUUUCCGUUACAUUCGCAGUUUCCACUCUAGUUGCCCUCUUUAUGGAGUACUCCCCCAAUGCGGAACGUCUAUAUUCCCCCUCCAUACCAACCUGAACCCAUUGGGUUGUGUCGAGCGUGGGCCGCCCCUUUGGGGGUGCGCUGGGCGGGAAGCGGGGGUCGGCACGAUGCGGGAUGAUAAUGUCCUUCCUUUGGAUGUCUGAUCCCUCUCCUCUUUUUCUGAUUAUGCGCCGGAAACGUUUGCUGAUUUUCACCUCUUUGUUUAUUUAAGGCGUUGCUGAGUGG